CCCUGUAUCCGGGUGACAUGUUCCUGAAGUGCUUUCCAUGUUUUCCAACAUUGGUCUGCACGCGCCACGAGGUCCCCAUAGGGCCCUUCUUCAAGUGCUUUUCCACUUCUCUCUAUUGAAUUUUGUCCGGGCGGCGUUUUUACCUGAGGAAUGAGAAAGGUGUUGCGCAAGUUUACGUUCUCUCUGGUUGUUGCAAAAUUUGGAUUUUCCGCCGAAUUUGCCCGGCAGACGAACUGCAUGUGUACUUUGUGCAAAGGUUCUGAAUGAGGACGUCUCAUGACAGCUGGUCAGUCGGGAUGGCUUGGACCUGAAGUGACCACGACGCCAAGCGCUCAGAUAGGAUUAGGUUGUCUUCUGCAAGAGUGUUUCUGUUCACUAUGACAACGGUAGGUGGAGACAUCCCAACCCAAUGAAGCCCAAGCUGUUACAAAUGACCAAUAUGUUCGGCAUUAGGAAGUAUUAUAGGGAAGACUUAGAGCACUUCACACCCCGGGAACGAGAGGACUGGGUGCUGGAGCAGUUUGCGGCUUAUGAUGACGAGCUCAGAAACAAUCCUGGGGACGACUUUGUAGAGGAAGUGCUGAAGAGGCUCCAAAAGGAGACGAAGAGGUGGAUCUCCUGGAACCAUCGCGCCUUCGGGCCGGUCAAGUCCCGUGCCCAGAUCCUGCAUCUCUCGCAGUGGGUGAAAAACCUCAAGCGUAGAGGUUUUAUCUACACGUCCGGAGACACGGAUGACGAUGUGGACGUGCUGGACCAGUUCGAGGAUCACGUGCUCAGGUUUGACAUCCUGCUGGACACGUUCAAGGCCAACAUCUACAACCCGCUGGCGGACUUCUUCUACGACGACGAUGAGGCCGCACUGGACCUCCAGGACAUCAUCUUUGAACUGGAUUCAGCUUUGGAUGCCUGGAAAGGUCUGAUGAGCUGGGAGGACGUGGACGCCUCGCUGUUCACCUUCGCCAGUAAGGGGUGUGUGGACGGCCUGACGUGCCGGCAGGGGCAGCGGGACUUCGGGCUGGUCCUCCGACUCCUCCCCGACCUCAGCGAGAAGGCCCACGAGAGCCUGCGGCUAGUCCGCAGGUGGCGCCUGAUGCAGGCUGUUGACAAGGCAGAGGCCUCCACGCCGAGAAAGUACGGCAAGGGAGACACGCCGGCCAAAGCGUACGGAAAGUCCUCCAAGAAACACGCAGCCGCGAGAAACGACGAGGACGAGCUGAGAGACGAAGACGAACCGUCCGCCGUCGAUGACGAGCAAACCCGAACCAGCUUUUCGGUCGAAAUCAGUAAGCGUAGGAAGUUCAAAGGACAAUAUGGCAACGCGAAGUCUGACCUGGCGAAGUACGAAAGCCGCUGUCAGGAGCUGGAGGCGGAGAUACAGAGCCAGAGAAACAGGGUCAAAGACCUGGAGAAACAGCUGCGAACUGCCCAGAGGAAGUUCAACAAGUUCGAAAACGAGGUUCGGGGUGAGAAGCGGAACUACAGGAAGCUGAGGGAGAGGUUACAGGCCAUGAAGAAGGACAACAAGCAGCUGGAGUCUCAUCUGGACAACACAACAGACAAGUACCACUCUGUGGUCGCACAGAUGCAGCAGAUACUGCGCAGGUCCAGACAACUGCGGGACUACCAGAACCAGGCCAAGGAUAAGGUGGAGGGUUCACAGAAGGAACUGAAGGAGGCGAACGAACAGAUCAAAGCGCUACUGAACGAACGGAAGGCCCUGAAGCGGAAAUGUGCCUUUUUGAAGACAAGAGCACAGAACAACGACGCCAAGGCUGUUCACAUGGAAAGUCAGUUGGAUAAGACCAAGGAACACGGUCAAUAUACAGAGAAGGAGCUCUUCAAGGCAAGAGAAGAACUGAAGAAGCUACAAGACAAGCUCAGCAUCAACGAGAAGAAGACGCAGAACAUGGAGGAAAAGUUGUUCCAGGCGCGGGAACGUGCUGACACCAUCCUCAAGGAGCUGAAGGAGAAGGAGAAGCGGGCGGAACAGCUGGAGCAGGAACACACACAGCUGCUGGACAUCUUCAGAGAACUUCCAAAACGGAAAGAGAAGCCGCUCUCGAACUACCAACUCGACGUCAUCGCUGCGAAUAUUGAAGACUUCUGGCCGGAUGUUGCCAAGACGCUCGGCAUGUCUCGGACAACCACCGAUCACCUUCGCCGCGACUACUCCGACGAGAAGAACCGAAGUCGCGCGAUGUUGUACGAGUGGAAGGCACGAAGUGCCGAGAAGGCAACCAUGAAGUCGCUGGUGGCUGCGCUUAUUGCGAUGGGCUACGGACAUCAGGACACAAAGGCGGUUUUUCAGAAUCAGCUGACCAAGAAAGCGUUGAAGACCAAAGAAUUGAAAGACCGUCAGGCUGUUAAAGAGGAAUCGUCGGGGCGAGGCAGCAGUGGUUCUAGCGGGUACGAGUCAAACGCCAAGGCUCCGACAACUUGCGACUUUGACGGCGAUCGGGAGUACGAGUCCCUGCCGAAGAUACACGAUCGUGAAUAUGAGUCGGCGAAGAAAAACGAUCCUGACUACGACUACGACUCGAGAAGGCACGACCGAGACUACGAGAGGGACGACCGCGACUAUGACAGGCGCGACAAUGAGUACGACAGAGAUGGUCGUGAGUAUGACAAGGAUGGCCACGAAUAUAACGGGGAUCGUGAAUACGACAGGGACGAUCGGGACUACGGCAGAGAUGACCGUGACUACGACAGGGAUGACCGAGACUACGACAGGAAUGGCCGCGAAUACGACAGAGGUGAAUACGACAGGGACGACCCUGAGUACGAGACUGCCCAGGAGAGGCGUGAUCCCGAGUACGACUAUGACGCUAUGCUGAAGAAGGACGACUAUUUGCCAAAAAUGCGCGGGCGAGAAAGAACUGCUCCGGAAAUUGAAUAUUGAAUGCUCACGCAACAACCUCGUUUGACUUUGAGCUUGAGCUAUGAACGAUACAAAGAACACUCCUUACCAGUGUCACCAUGUUAAACUAUGGUAAAGGCCUAGGCGCCUUGAAGCAUGCACUGUCCGGAUGUGUGCCGCACGUAUGUCUUUGCGUGUGAGUUACCCCCUCUCUUUCCAUGAGUGUACGCGCGUACAUGUAAACAAACUGUAUAUAUACAUGUGUACUUGUGAUCACAAAGGAAUCACUUCGUCCAAUCCUUGAAAGGUUUUAGAUGGGAUUUUACCAAACAUUGCAACUUGAACCCCAUCCCAAGCUGGUGUAACGACCACAUUUUUCAACUUAAACUGGGCCAU